AUGAUGCACAACCUGAGGAACCACUUAGGAAGGUGCCUUCUUGGCCUCCUGUUGCUCUUUGUAGCUUCUAGAGGGAUGACAUUGCCCAGAGAAACCAACAAUGUUUGGCAGCAUGGUAAAGAUGCUUCAUAUGAGAUCCUCAGGCAGUUGGAGAAGCUGGAUAUCAGGGAGCCAGAGGUGUUUAACACAACCAUCCAGUUUCCCCAGCCAAUUGAAUGCAGUGACUCCUGUGAUCCAGAUUCCUUGACCACCACAAAUAAGAUGCACUGCCUGACAAAAAUCAGCAAGGGACUUCAUGAUUAUCAUAACCUCCUGGUCAUGUUUGAUGACUCAGAGGUAAUGAUGACGACGGAACUCCAAAAGGUCCUGAAUUCCUUGCUUCAGCUGCCCCUUCUAAAGAUGAGGCACUAUUUCAGAAUCUAUCAUGUAAAGAUAGGAGUCGGAUUGGGAGUAUUUUUAACUCAAAUGCUUUAUCUUCUGCAGGAUGGAAGUAACAAGGAAAGCAGAAGCCCAGUCACCAAGACCUCAGGCCCAGCAUGGCAGAAAGGGCCGCUGCAGAAUUUGACCCUGUGGCGCCUGCAGUCCUUUGCGGUUGUGGUGGCAAGAGUCUUUUCUCACUGUGCCUCUUUGUUUUAGAUCAAGACAGGACAGUCUAAGGAGAGAAACCAAUGGAGAAGGUCUUUGGGGUUAUAAGUAUUUAAUAUGCAUUUAAUAUGUUAUAUGUAUUUUGGGUUAUAUGUAUUUAAUGUGUUUAAUCUAUGUAUUUAAUUUAUGUAUUUAUGUAUUUAUUUAUUAUUUAUGUGGCCUGAACCCUACUAGACCACUGAUACACCACAGCAGUGUAUCAGGAUGUAUAGGGAAACUUGGUGCCAACUAUAAUUAUUAUUAAGAAAAGGGCAGGUUUGUUCCAAAACUUGACUCCUUUUGUUUCCAUACUAUGUACCCAUCCUGUUUUUAAGGGAUGACAUGUGACAUGUAUGACUUUUGCUUGGAUUUAGUCCAAUAAAGCAUUUUA